AUGUCAAAAACACCAGUAUUUGUGGAAAUCCCAUAUUUCUUAUUUUUGAAGAUCGGUGAAGCACUUGGAUUUCAAGAAUCACAAGUGAAUUUAAGCAGUCCUCGGAAUGUUUUCUAUGUAAUCGAAGAAUUUGAUUCUGUCUCGCUUCAAAAGCUCUACUUUGGAAAACUGGUGGGAUGCGGACAGUGGAAGCUGAAAAAUCACUAUUCUUUGCCCAGUCGAUGUUACAUUGGUAAUACGACAAUGGAUCCAGAACUGUCAUUUCUACAAGCUAAUAUUGCGCAAGCGGACAAUGGACGCCUUGUUCUGGACCCAUUUUGUGGAACUGGUGGCAUUUUGCUUGCUGCGGCACAUUUUGGCGCUGCUGUCCUGGGAAGCGAAAUUAGUUAUCAUAUUGCUAGAGCCAAAGGUAAACAUUCGAAUUUGUUUUAUCGCAUUUUAUUGCAUUUUCUUCGAGUCCCUUUUUAUGCGUUUUGUGCUGCGUAA